AGUCUCGAAGACUAAGCGGAGUCAUUACAAGUUGCUCUCUCCUCAAGUGCAGACGCUUGUUGUUGCUCUCGAAAACCGACUUCAGUUCACUCGCUUAGUCAACAAAGACUUCGUUCCAAAUGGGGUUGGACGAACAGACGAUUUCCAUUCUGAAGGCCACGGCACCCGUGGUCCAGGACAAUGGCACACAAAUCACCAGUACCAUGUACAGGAUCAUGUUCAAGGAGCAUCCAGAAGUGAAAAAUCUUUUCAACAUGAGCCACCAUGUCCCGGGGGAAGAUGGCCUGCCCAGUAAACAGGCUAGGUCAUUGGCGAAUGCGGUUUGCGCUUAUGCUGCCAAUUGCGAUAACCUUGGGGCAUUGAGCGAGGCUGUGGCCAGGAUCGCCCAUAAGCAUGUGAGUCUUUACAUCUUACCCGAACAUUACCCAAUCGUGGGCGAAUGCAUCUUGAAGGCCAUCAAAGAGGUGUUGGGCGAUGCUGCCACGGAUGAGAUCAUGGAGGGCUGGAAGAACGGCUAUCAGUUCCUCGCCGACCUCUUCAUUGACGUUGAGCGAAAAUUGCGAGAAGAAAAAGCCAACGCCGAGGGUGGAUGGGAGGGCUUUAAACCCUUGAGAGUUACUAAGAAGGUCAAGGAAUCAGAUGAGAUCGUAUCGUUCUACUUGGAGGAUCCUGCAGGAGGACCCAUCCUGCCCUACAAACCUGGGCAGUUCCUCUCAUUUCAGUUCCCCAAAGGUUCCUUGGAAAAUUGCGACCACGACAUAGUUCGGAAUUACAGCUUGUCCACGGCUCCCGGACAUAACUACUACCGCAUUUCAAUCAAGCGUGAAGUGGGCAGAAAUGCCGACAGUCCCCUGGGGCUUGUCUCGAAUCACUUUCACAACAACAUCAAUGUUGAAGAUGAAGUCCUGACCGGUGUCCCUUGCGGUAGUUUCGUCCUGAACGAAGACUCUGAAAAGCCCUUGGUUCUCAUUAGCGGAGGUGUGGGUCUGACUCCCAUGGUGGCCAUGCUUGAGCACGUGGUGGCCAACAACCCGUCACGAAAGGUCACUUUUAUUCAGAGUGUACGAACCUCGAAGGUCCACGCCAUGAAGAAGGAUCUGGACGAUAUUGUCGGGGCCAAUGAUCAAAUCCAGGCCUUUGUUUUCUACUCGGAUGAAGAAGUCACGGCCGAAGAGGCCGAACUGGCCCAUUUUGACGUUCGCUCGGGGCGAAUGACCCAAGAGGCUUUAGAUGAUAUUGUGUCUGACAAGGACUCGGAUGUUUACUAUUGUGGCCCGGACGGGUUCAUGGAGAAGAUGAAGGAGGAUCUUCAAGCUAUUGGCGUCCCUGAUAAUCAGACCUAUUUCGAGGCGUUUGGACCCACCACUCAGUGAUACAGUAGUGGGUCGAAUGAUUGUUGUCCAUGCUCCCUGGAGUUACAUGGACAACAAUCGAGCUUUGAUCUGUCCUCUACGACCCUCACAAUUACCACUGUAUGUAUUGCAACACACAUCACAAAGAAUAUCCUUGGCAAACAAAGAAGUCAUCCUUCAAUGUCUCGCCAGGCCUACACGUGCAUGUUCUCAUACAAACUACAAAUUUAGAAUACACAUAAUCAUCAUCAUCGUCAUCGACACCCUACGCCAUACUUGUGCUAGGCCGUCUUCAUUGAAUCAUUCCUGUACCUAACUAAGAAAAUAUAGUGACUUGGUAUUCUC